GAAACCAUGACAUAAUGUAGGACUUGAGCAGUUUCCUCAACAAGCAAUCAAAUGCAAGUUUAUAGUUACAAACACUCCCCAGCUAGAAACAAGUGUCAUGGCUUCAUGUUUCAAAUUUCGUAUCAACGUGUCAAAAAGGACCGCACCUAAUGAGAAUGAUUGUACACCAAAACCCGUCGACAAACAUAAAUCGUUAACGUCAAAAUCGGCAUCAUCAAUGUUAUUGGAGGUAGGAAAGGCAAGUCCACGUUACGGAAAAUGGGUAUCAAAUAAUACGUAUGGUACAUCUAAACGAGGCCGAUCUAAAUCCACACUACACUCCUCUCCCACGUUCUGGGUGAUGAAGACAGGAACAUCGACUAAAACUAAACCAGGGCAUCACAAAUCACCAGGCCAUCACAAAUCAAGUCGCACACAAAUUAAAGCUGCCGUAAGUGAUCAUCGCGACGUGGAUGGUACUAAAGUUGUUUCCAACAAUAAGGAACGUCUCAACAGUCAUUCAACGCAAUGCAUCCCUUGUUCUGUACCAAGAAGAAGAGACUCCGACGAGAAGGAAUGUAUCACGGGGUUGUCUGCACAAUACAUCUCCUCUUCAGAGUCAGAGAGCAGUGUCUCCGAGGACAGUUUAGACUCGCAAAAUGAUCUCAAUCAGUCUCCAACUGACAUGUCCGGUUGGUCAAACAUGAACUCUGAUAUUUACAUCACGCCAGUGCAGAGGACGCUGCCGCGAUGCUGUGCGCCCAAGGCAAUAUACGUGACAACGGACACCCAGAAAGAUGUCAAAAUCAUCACUAAACCGGAAGGUUUGAAACAUACAUGGGAGCCGUCAUUUGCUAACAUUGUGAACAGUCCAGUCAUCACGCUUUCAAUGGACAACCCUCCUGGCCCCGGGCUUCGUGAAGCGCCUCCAGCGCGUUCUACACAUCAGGAGAACGUUGAUCUCAACCACCAUGAUCACACCGCUCUACCCAUAAGGGACUCGUGUCUUCACUUACCAGGUACUGUCAAUGAUAUGUGUCCGAACAUUGCACCAAGAUCACCUGGACACAGAGGCGGAUGGGUAAGAAACUUGUCCCGAAGAUUUCAAAAAGGUUCAAGAGACAGAUCCUCAAAGAGAAUCUCGCAAGCUGAAAUGGAUAUUCCGAGUCUGCCACCAAGGCAAAAGGAUUUACCAGUCCUGGGUACCCCUCCUCGGCCGUGUUCAACCCCUUGCUAUGUUAACUUCAAGGGCACACUACAGUCGAGGAAGCAUUUGGAGUGACCGUAUCGUCAUUCAAAGGUUACCUUCUGUGAAAGAGUGAGUGAGUGAGUAUGGUUUUACGCCGCUUUUAGCAAUAUUCCAGCAAUAUCACGGCGUGGGACACCAGAAAUGGGCUUCACACAUUGUACCUAUGUCGGGAAUCGAACCCGGGUCUUCGGCGUGGCGUGCGGACGCUUUAACCACUAGGCUACCCGACCGCCCCUCUGUGAAAGAAAGGAGCUGAACAUUUCACAACAUGGCAAUUAUUUUGUCCGUGUUAUCGAAAACAAAAAAUCUUUCAAAUUAUUUUGUUUCAGUUUAUAAUUUUUAAAGAGGUUCACAUGCUGGUUAAAAACAAACAAACAAUUUUGUCCAUCCUUUCACAGAAAUAAAUACGUGGCUUUAACCAAAGAAGUUAAUACGUUAACCUAUGAGGAAGUAAAAUGUGUAUUUCUAAUUAAUUAAAAAAAAACAUCUUACAUCAUGUAACAUUUUCCAUAUAAUUUCCGUGUGUAGUUUUACAAAACUUCAUAUAUUCCGGUCACAGUUGCAUAUACAUAUCUUUAAUAAAAUCAUUCGAUUUUUGUCCAACAUGUCGAUAUAUUCGACAUGAAAAUUAUUUCAUUCCUAUGUAUUAUCAGCUGCUGAUAUAAUAUAUAAUAGAGCUCGUGUAAAUGGUACAUGUACAUCGUAUAUGCUCAAAUACAAAUGCUACUGUUAUUAUUGUGAUAUUAUGUAUUUGUAUAAAUGAUAUAGUGAAGAGUAUUCUAAAGAGUCUAUUUGUUAAAUUAAAUAUGAAACUAACACGAAAUUCUUGUGUCCGAGACACACGUUAUGAUGAAAUGUCGAUGAAGGGGUAAAAAUAUAUUUAAUCCCGUUAUUUUGUAACGGGAUUGUACAUGUCAUCAUUUCCAUAUAUAUCAACUCGAUGCGCUUAGUAUCAACAUGAUGAAGAGGAAAGAAGU